CAUGGCAAUCAUCUCGAGUUACAUAACUAUGACUAUGCUUUCCUUUUUGUUCCUCUUCUUUUAUUUCCCUGUUAUCGUCCUUUCCUUUCGACCACUUACUACUUUCGAAGUCCCAUCAGGAGGUUCUGAGGCCUACGCUUUCGACAGGGAUGGUGGGGGACCCUACACAGGUGUGAAUGAUGGUAGGGUUGUCAAGUAUGAAGAACGUAUCAAUGGUUUUGUCGACUUUGCCUAUGCCUCUCCAAAUAGGACUAAGGAAUUGUGUGAUGGCACCAACGACCCUGAUUUGCACACCAUUUGCGGGAGGACUUUUGGUUUAGAGAUGUACCAUCGAACCAACGAGCUAUACAUGAUGGACACUUACUAUGGGCUCUGUGUGGUUGGACCUGAAGGUGGACUUGCAAAACAACUUGCGACUGGUUCUGAAGGGGAGUCCUUCAAAUUUUCUAAUGCUUUGGACAUUGACCAACUAACCGGAGACAUUUACUUUGCAGAUUCAAGCUCCAUCAAUAAUCUAAAACAUGUCCCAGGACAAGCAGCUAAUCUAGACACAACAGCGAGAUUCUUAAAAUAUGAUUACAAGACAGGAAAGGUAGCAGUGUUGCUUAAGAACCUUUCACUUGCUGGCGGGGUGGCAAUUAGUGAAGAUCUCUCCUUCGUCCUUGUUUCCGAAUUUAUGGGUAAUAAAAUUUGGAAGUACUGGUUGAAAGGUCCAAAAGCAAAUACUUCAGAAAUUUUGUUAGAUGUCCAACACCCGGGCAACAUAAAGAGAGCUCCAUCAGGUGAUUUUUGGGUGGCAGUGAAUUUUCAAACACCGAAUCCAGUGCCUGCAGGAAUAAAGAUAAAUGAAAAUGGCACCAUAUUGGAUAUGGUGAGCAUUGGAACACCAUUUAAUGGCGUAGAAAUCAGUGAAGUUUAUGAGUUUGGUGGCCUGUUAUUUGUAGCGUCUCCCUUCGCAAGUUUGGGUGUUGUGUACAAGGCUUGAGAGGAAUGAACAACCCAUUAACUAAGUGGUAGAAAGUUCUCAAUAAAUGUAAGAGUCAUCUCUUAAAUUAUCCACUCGUCA